CUCUCUCUCUCUCUCUCUCUCACGCACACGCACACACACACACACACACACACACGUGUUUUUGCAAAGUAGCCUUUAUCAGAUUCGACGGCUUUCAAACAGAAACUGACGGCUGACAGGAUGCGAGCGUGCGCGUUCCCGAGGCGUCCAUUCAAUGUUCGGUAGAGCACCAGUGUACGACACAACACCUGUUCCAGCUCCAGUCCCAGGCUGCUCAGGGGAAGCGGUCCAUCCAGCACCGAGGACAGAGGCAAUACUCGGAUUAAAUAACACAUCCGCCCAAAGCGGACGGACACGCGGUUCUGGAUGCUGGGUACCAGGAUCAUGAAAGCGCGUCGGGUCUGGUUGUUGGUGGCGGCGGUGAAGGUUGUUGUGCUGGCUGAGCCGCUGCUAAGCCGUCCAGAGAUGCUUCCAUGUGCACGAGGGUUUAAACAAGAGGAAAGCAUCAUGGAACUGGACCGAGACCUGGCAAAGGGCCAAGCUGUCUUCAACGUGACCUUCAUGGACUGUGGUGAAGGUAGUGUGUGGUUCAGAGUCGGAGAUCCGUCUGAUUUCACUGUGAGUCAGGAAGGUGUAAUCUACACCCAACGGAACCUCAGCCUGGUGGGAAAGAAGAAAAUGGAAGUGGUGGUAUAUGCCCAAGACGUCCUAUCCAAUCAUGUGUGGAAGGUCAGAGUUCAUCUCCACAUCAAUCCAAACAGCAGAGGAACUGCACCUGAACAGCUGAAACCCAGUGAUGCAACGCUGACUCAACAGGUACCAGAGAUCUUGUUUCCAUGGCGCAACAUCGUUGUCAUGGGUGAAGGUUCUCUAAGUCGAGUGAAGAGGGAUUGGGUCAUUCCACCUAUCAAUGUUGCAGAGAAUUCACGAGGACAUUUCCCCGAGGAUCUAGUCAGGAUCCGCUCUGACCGGGACAAGAGCAGGAUGCUACGGUACAGUGUGACAGGUCCUGGGGCUGACCAGCCUCCAACUGGGAUCUUCAUUAUCGACCCGAUCUCAGGCCACCUGUCUGUCACCAAACCUCUGGACCGGGAACACAUACCCAACUUCCACUUACGAGCCCAUGCUGUGGAUCUGAAUGGGAAUCAAGUUGAAAAUCCCAUAGACAUCAUUAUCAACGUCAUUGACCAGAAUGACAACGUGCCUGAUUUUCUGCACAGCACCUUCAAUGGCUCUGUUCCAGAAGGAUCCAAGCCUGGAUCGUUUGUGAUGACAGUGACAGCAGUGGAUAAGGAUGACCCAAAAACAGCCAAUGGGAUGAUGAGAUACAAGAUCCUCACCCAGAAUCCCCAGAGCCCAUCUUCCAACAUGUUUACCAUCAACAACCGUACUGGUGACAUCAUCACUGUGGCAGCAGGCCUGGAUCGCGAGAAGGUUACUCAGUACACCCUGAUCAUCCAGGCUACUGACAUGGAGGGAAAUCCCACCUUCGGUCUUUCCAACACGGCCACAACAGUCAUCAGGAUCACUGACGUCAACGACAACUCCCCCGAAUUCACCACAGACACAUUUUUUGGAGAAGUUCACGAGAACAGGGUGAACGUGAUUGUUGCUAACCUGUCUGUGACGGACAAAGACCAACCACACACAUCAGCCUGGAGGGCAGUGUAUCGCAUCGUUGCUGGAGACCCAACAGGACGCUUCUCCAUCACCACCGACCCCACCUCCAAUGAAGGCUUACUCACCGUGGUCAAGCCCAUAGAUUUUGAGCUGACCCGUUCUUUUAUGCUGAUCGUGGAAGCAGUGAACGAGGUCCCCCUGGUCCGCGGCAUCCAAUCACCUCGUCAGUCCACAGCCACCGUCUCUGUGAGAAUCCUGGACAUGAACGAGAGUCCAGAGUUUAGUCCCAACCCUAAAUCCAUCAAACUUGAGGAAGGACUGCCUGCUGGGUCUUUGCUCUCCACCUUUACUGCCCAAGACCCAGACCGCUUCAUGAGGCAGACUAUCAGGUACUCAAAGAUCUACGACCCUGCCAACUGGCUGAAGAUUGACCCAUUUAAUGGACAGAUUUCCACCAUUGCUGUCCUGGAUCGGGAGUCUCACUACAUCAAGAACAACCUCUACAACGUUACCUUCAUGGCUUCUGAUGAAGGCUUCCCCCCUGCCAGUGGGACAGGGACGCUUCAGAUGUACCUUUUGGACAUAAACGACAACGCACCUCAAGUGUUCCCUUCUGAGGUAGAAAUGUGUGAGAAGCCAGAUCCCAAUGCCUUAAACAUCACAGCCAGUGACCCCGACCUGAACCCCCACACCGGACCCUUUGUUUUUGAGCUUGUCAGUCGUCCAUCAGAAAUCCGUCGCAACUGGACCCUCAUUCGUGUCAAUGGUGAGGUCGCCCAGCUCCGACUAAGGAUUGGAUCCCUGGCUAGCGGGAUCUACGAGGUUCCCAUCACAAUCACAGACUCAGGCAUUCUGCCCAUGUCUAACACAUCAGUACUGAGGGUCAAAGUGUGCCAGUGUGAUCACCAUGGAGACUGUUUGGAAAUGGGGAAAAUAAAUGCUGUUGGACUGGGAACUGAAGCUAUUAUCGCCAUCCUCCUCUGCAUUAUCACACUAUUAGUUCUGGUGCUGCUGUUUGUCAUGUGGAUGAAGAGGAGGGAUAAAGAGCGCCAGGCCAAACAACUCCUCAUCGACCCAGAGGAUGACAUACGGGACAAUAUCCUCAAAUAUGAUGAGGAGGGAGGAGGAGAAGAGGACCAGGACUACGACCUGAGUCAGUUACAGCAGCCUGAUGCCCUGGAGUCAGAGUGUGUCAAAGUUGGUAUCAGACGACUGGAUGAAAGGCCCCUUCAUCAUGAUCACCAGUACCCCAUUCGCUCUACAGCCCCCCAUCCAGGAGAUAUAGAAGACUUCAUCUAUGAGGGCCUGAAGGCUGCAGAUCAUGACCCCACUGCCCCUCCUUAUGACUCCCUGCUGGUGUUUGACUAUGAAGGGUCUGGGUCUACAGCUGGCUCCCUCAGCUCGCUGCACUCCUGCUCGAGCUGUGGAGACCAGGAGUACAAUUACCUCAGCGAAUGGGGACCACACUUCCAUAAGCUGGCAGACCUGUACGGUGGAGGAGACGAUUAGCACUCUAUCACUCCCACCCUCCCCACCCACACUUCAGAGCUCAGGUAGCGGGUGGGGGUCGAACAAAUAACAUUUGGAUCUCCAUUACUGAAUUUCCUUUCUACAGCUUGUUAAAAGACUUCCUGCCUGUUGGGGGCAGUUGAUGACAGAAGGGUCCAUGCUGACUCCUGGCCCAGCAAGAACUGCUACUGACAGGUAUUCAGGACUGGAUCUGAGUAUUAGCACUCGUGCUAAAACUGACUGUGAGCCUUCAUUACUUAAUGGAGGUGUAGAGCCUACAGCCAUGCUCAUUUACACUUGAAUCUUAGCGUACAGCAGCAUUUGGAGUCAAAUGUGCCUUUUUGUAAAAUGAUUUGAUUGUGUUCGCUUUUAAUUUUGUAUGUUGAUUUAAAGAACCUGGGUUUUGCUACACCGGUCAAAAGAGCACUUUGCCAUUAUGAAUGAACUCGUGUGUUUGUGCAUGCCUGCGUGCAUGCAUGCGUGUGUGUGUGUGUGUGCGCGCGCGCGCGCGCGCGCGCGUGCGUGCGUGCGUGCGUGUGUGUGUGUGUGUGUCUGUGUGUGUGUGUGUGAGAGAGAGUUUCCACCUGCUUUCUUGUAUAGGGAGUCUAAGUCUCCUCUCCUUCCGGUCGGCUGCUGGGUCCCUGGAACCAAAUAAAAAGUGAACGGAGCUAUAAGAGCUUUCUAAUCCGUUUUGCCUUACGCCCUGAAUCACGCAUAUGUUGUACUUCAGUUUAAAUGAUAAAUAAUUAUGUGUUUUGGACUAUGUCUGUCACUUAAUUUAAGAUUCGUCAGCUUGUAAAAACAAAUUUUAUUAAAAUGACUCCAGAUCAGAAGUUGCAUAUAUGACGUCGCAUCAGAAUCUGAUCUCCACAUGACAUGAGCAGGUGUAGAGAGGGUUUCUCCAUGUUUACUGCUCAUUAUUUCACCCUGGAAGAAGGAUUCGAAGCUCACUAAACUCACAGCUAUUUUUCUUCUUCUUCUCCUUGCCUGGUUGGAUGACAUCAGUUUGGUAAGACGAGCAGUUGUAGUCCAACAUUAUUUAUUUUGUUUUUUACACAAAACCUAUAGUAACUUUGGCCACAACAACAAAAUUUGCCUUCAGAAUUCACGGAUAUCAUAUGUUAAAUCCCUGGCAUUUAUCAAACUGGAUCAGAAAAUAUCUUUAAUCUGCUCCUCUUCUUUUUUUUUUUCUUUUUUUUUUUUUUUUGGCAGAAGGGGACCCAUUGUUAUGCUCUGCGUUCCCCUCAUGUGUCUCCUUGUGCUCUGUGUGUCCUUAAGCUUCCUCAGCCCACUUCAGGUUCUCCUUAUGUGUCUUCUUGUGUUCCCCAGCUCCCUCUAGGCUUCCCUCAUGUUUCCUCCUAGUCACUCCCUUGUAGUUCCUAUGGGUUUGUAUUAGUCCUCCUCACCCCUCUAGUCAUUAGUUGUUUAUCUUUGCCCUUAGUCUUUAGGUUUAGUUAUUUAGUGUUUGAUAGGUUAUGCUUUAUCUUCCCCCUUGCUUAGUUAGUUCUCCAUUUAGUUUAUUGAUGGCACCUGUCUUCCCUCUACACCUCACACCUGUCGCCUGUUCCCCUGAUUGCUUCCCUCUGUGUUUAAAACCCCUGUCUUGUACCUCAGUGUUUGUUGGUCCAUUGUCUUUGUCAGCGUUGUUCUGUCCUCCUCAGGAACUCCAGGUUCUUGCUCAUGAAUGAGCUUUGUUUCUGUAGUUCAGUUUUUUCUGGAUUUUCGGUUUGGCUUCCUGCUCCCUUGGAUAUUUACCCACCAUCCUAAUAAAAGGACUUCCAUUCAUUCAACCAUUCCUGCCUGAGUUGUCACAUUUUGGGUCCAAUCCUCCUGCUCUCAGCGUGACACCCAUGGUCUGGAAAUGGAUAGGCAUGACUUAGGCUCCCUCUAUCUGGUUAGCAAGAGACGGUGGAAAUCAUUUCUAUGAAAACACACUGAACAGAUCAUGUAAACAGCAAAGUCUACUUGAAAUGCUUUGGAUAAUUCUACCAGGAAAAACGUUGGUUUUCUGAGCUGCUCUUGGUCUUUAUUUGGUCGUUUGAAUACAAGUGCAGAUUUUAUUUGUAAAAUCUAAAUGUUCACAGAAAAUUCAGCAUUGUCAAAAGUGAUUAUUCCUCUUUUGUUAAUGUUGUUUUCCUUUUCUUUUUCUUUUUCUUUUUUUUUACCUUACCUGAACAUGACAUAAAACCUUAGAAUACAGGAGCUCCAGUUGAUUGGAACUAAGCCCAGUCAUUGAGUCGACACAAACAAAAACGGAUUUUGUAUUUUCGUAGAAAACUGAAUUUCAUAUAUACUGGUUUCAAAUAUGUAUAAAACUAUGUUAAAUCCUGUGUGUAAUCCCUGCACUUGUUGGACACCACAGGUUAUGGGACCCAUGAGGUUGAAGGAGGUCUAAAGGGCAAUGCUGGGUCUCCAGAAGCUGAAGAAAGGUUUGGGGUGUAUGCAGUGUGCAGCAGUGGUGGUUGCUGAGGCAAAAACGUGGGCGGUAUUUUAGCAAGAUACUGGAGAGGGGUUCUGGUUGAUAGUUGAACCUCACUUCUCAUCCUGGCUGUGGAACCAUAGACUAGCAGCAACCUUCUCGGAGUUCAAGGAUUUUUCCAAUAGCCCUUGACAGCUCCAUACAUUUCCGAUAUACCAAAUAGCCGCCCACUCCAAUUAGCAGAAAUCUGUAAAUCAUAAAUCCAAAAAUCCAUCAUCUUCUACAGUACAUCCUCCACGGAAAGUAGUGAAAGACACAUAAUAUUCCACUCCUUCCAGGAAUCCAAAAGGUACCCAACCAUUUGUAUUCCAUCCGGACAUGUGGGAGCUCCUUUACAAAAUUUUAUCAAUUGCAUUCAAAGACCUGUUUACCAAUUCCAUGGUUUUUAUUUUUUUAAUUUCCAGGAAGAAUCCAAAGAGUCGCUCUGAGACAGAGACAGGCUAGAGACCCUUAGGAUGAUGAGGGGCAGGAGAGAAGAGAAAAGCGUCUCAUCACUGAGUUCCAGAAAGAAAGAUUUGCCUCACACACACUUGAGGAAGUUAACUCUCCAGAUCCUUUGAUAUGCAUGUGUAUCAUUGUGGCCCAGAACUCAAACACCUCCCAGAUAAGAGUGUAAAAUUCCCACUGUACGUUUCUGUAACUGCCAAUAGUUUCCCUGGAUUAACAAUGACCACUUCUCUACCCCAAGGCCAAACUCGUGUGGAAAACAACUUUUAUUUAUGUGAGCUAGUUAAACUCAGUUGAACUGGUGAAUAAAGGCAGUUAUAAUAUAUAUAUCGAUAUUGCGUGUCAAGGGCCAUUCAGUUCCUGCACCAAAGGAGUGUGAGUCUGAUUCACGUGGCUUGCAGAAGGUCACCUAUCCCAGAUGGAAGUUGCAACAGAGCUGCCCUUUGACAUUGAUACUGUUUAGACAGAAUGUCUCGGUGCAGCUGUUGGAUGGAGGCUGUCUAGUUUGGUUACUAGUUUUUGUUUCAUUUUUGUGCAAAUGUUGCAGUCCUAGCUUAAUCAAACUACAACCUUCUGAUCCUACAGCGGGAGGUUUGCAGCCAAGUGUGAAACAGCUGGAAUGAGAAUAAGGACAUUUUUAUCAAAGGAUGAGCUUUUCUACCAGAAAUGGGUCAAUUUUUUAAGUCUGGGUUGGCAGGAGAAGUUCUUUCUUAAGUGGAGGAGCGUAGGUUUCUCAGAGUCUUCUUCACAAGUGAGAAAGAGAGGGAUGAUGAGAUCAGGGCAGAAUCUGCAGUCACUAUUCCAGCCCUCGUGGUCAUAAGCUCUGGAAAAUGUUCUUAAGAGCAAAAGGGAAGAUGAUGAGACAAUAUGUUCUACCUUUACAAGAUUUGGUUUGAGUUAGACUGUUAUUUGUUGGAUUUUUUUUCGUUACUUGCUGAGGCUCAGUCUGAUCAAUUAAGUUUGUUUGUUCUCAAAACCUGACCAUAUGUAGACCCAGAGUUGUGCAUCAAAAUUGUGUUUUGCUGGUUUGCUUUUCCAAAGCUGGUGAGAAAAUAUACAGCGAGGGUAAAUUUUUAUACUUUCUGAUUUUUUAUGUAUUUGGUACGUUAUGCAGCCCAUCUCUUCAUCACUAAUCAACAGUUUAUUUUUUGUAGCAGAUCCAUCAUGAUAAACUCUUGUGAGAUAAAUACACAAAUGACGUUUCUUCUGUCUGCUGGCUCAGUGUUCUCUUUAUCUGACUCCUAACUGUAAAAUGAAUUAUGUACAGAUUGUAUUUUUGUUCUCUUCUUUUGGCUGUGGACAUGCUAAUAUCUUGAAUACUGAUACAGUAUAUCUGUCAUUUGGAUCACAAAUAAAGUGUUUUUGCAUGUUUUUAUCUUUUCA